AUGUCAGAAAUAUUGCCAGAAUCAUCAUCAAAAUCACCCAAAACACCUUCAUUUAAUUCUCCUAAUGAAUACAUACUACACAACAUUUUGUCACCACCUGAUACUCAUAUCAGCAUACUUGAUUCCUGGAACGAACCAACACCAGCACAAAUUUCUACCAUGAGCCUUGAUGAAACUCGAGAAACACUGCUUCAAGCUGUUAAACAUAUCACUAUGCUUACACAAAUGCUGCGUUCAGAACGUGCCAGCGCUGCACAUCACACAUUGCAGCAUAAAUUAUUAACACUUGAAAUGCAUGAAGCAUCUCAAAGAUAUUCCGUUGAAAUUAAUCUAAUUCGUCGAGAAGUCGACCGCUUAUUAUAUGAACUUGCACUCCCCUCAAAUACGUUUUUAACAUAUCAACAACACUACCAAAACAUUAAACGAAGAUUGCAAAAGACAUUGUCUUUGUUAGAACCGAAAGAAAACUCAAUAAAAAGACUAUCAGCUCUCGCCUCAAAUAACGUUACCCAUAUAAAGAAAAACAAGGAAACAUUUAAUCAACAAAAAACGGAGCAAAGCUCUUCUAAUAUAACUCAGCAUAGUCUCAUGAGUCCUAUCACAUUUCAUUCACCACAAUCAAAACAACAUAAUAGCCAUGAUACUAUCAAAAAAGCCGAUACCCAAUGGCUAUCUCAAAUAUCUUUAAAAAAAAAAUCAAAAAAAAACCAUUUAAAUAUAAAACGAAAAUACGAACUCCGGCCUCGACAGUCUAUGCUUAUUAGUCCUAAUAUUUCACCUCAUCUAAGAUGCUCAUGA